CUUCCUUACCGUACACUUCAAUUUUAAUUUUCGUUUUUCUGGACAUCGAUUUUCCUGGCAUAAAGACUGAGUAGUAUUCGCUGUAGUAACUGAAAAAUGACAUUAAUGAUUGAUGAAAACUUCAAAAAACAAUUGGCACAGCGUCGAGAGAGAGUAGAAGACCUUUUCUACUUUGAAAAUUCAAAAGAAAUCGGCAGAGGAACAUAUGGAUUAGUUUAUAAAGCAGUUCCGAAAAAGCAAAAUGGACAAUUUCCUAACAAAGAAUACGCAUUAAAAAUGAUUGAGGGACAAGGAUUUUCAAUGUCUGCAUGCAGAGAAAUUGCUCUAUUCAGAGAAUUAAGGCAUCCGAAUUUAAUCUGUCUUCAACGUGUAUUUCUUACCAACGAAAAAAAAGUCUGGCUUUUAUUGGAUUAUGCUGAACACGAUCUCUGGCACGUUAUCAAACAUCAUCGAACAGCUAAAAGCAAGAAAGUCCCAAUUAUGGUGCCACGGAAUAUGGUCAAAAAUAUAUUGUUUCAAAUUUUAUCAGGAAUGCAUUAUUUACAUUCAAACUGGGUACUACAUCGAGAUCUCAAACCAGCAAAUAUUCUAUUAAUGGGUGAUGGACCACCUGACAUGAGAGGAAGGGUAAAAAUUGCUGAUUUGGGAUUUUCAAGAAUCUAUGCAAAUCCUCUGAAACCGAUGGCUGAAUUAGAUCCAGUAGUUGUCACAUUCUGGUACAGAGCACCUGAAUUGCUUCUCGGAGCAAAGCAUUAUACAAAGGCUAUUGACGUAUGGGCUAUCGGAUGCAUUUUUGCCGAACUUCUUACCGCUGAACCAUUAUUUUUCUGUAAAGAGGAAGACAUCAAGGCACAAAAUCCAUAUCACUAUGAUCAAGUGAAAAGAAUAUUCCAUCUACUCGGAUACCCAUCAGAUGCUGAUUGGCCUGAUAUGAAGAAAAUGCCGGAUCAUCAAAGACUUCUAAGCGAUGCUAGAAAUGAAGGAACACCAAUUCAAACAUUUCCAAACAGCUUGCAUCGAUACUUUGAUAAAUGGAAAAUCAAUUCACAAAGCUCUCCAUAUAGAUUACUUGUCAAAUUGCUCACAGUUGACCCUACAAAACGUGUCAGUUGUGAAGAAGCGAUGAAUGAUAUUUAUUUUAGAAAAAUGGAAAGACCACCAAGGGAGACUGACGACGUGUUCAAUAAAUAUCCAAUUCCAUACGCGAAGAAGGAACAGCAGAUGACGGUUGCACCAGAUCAAGCACAACAACAGCAUCAACAACAACAAGUUCAAAUGCAACAACAACCACAAAUGGGACAGCAACAAAUGAUGGGACAACCUCAAAUGGUACAACCUCAGAUGGGACAACCACCAAUGGGUGGAGCACAUCCCGGAGUUGUUGCUCCAGAUGGACAUCCACAUCAAAUGAUGCAGCAACAACAGCAUCCACAACAGCAUCAUAUGCAAUAUCAAGGAAUGCAUGAUCCAAUGCAAGGUGGAAUGGAUGAAGGACCACAAGCAAAAAUGAUGAGAAUGGGAAAUGUUCCUGUUGGAAGAUAUGCACCGAUGCCUCCUCCAUACGGUGCUCCACAAGACUAUCACCCGCAACAAGGUCCACCAAUGGUGCAAAUGAUGCAACAACCGGGACCAUCCGGCUACUAUCCACAACGACCAGGACAACCAACAGGAGCAGUUCCUGGACCAGGACCUCAAGGAUAUAUGAAUCCACAAAUGGGAAUGCAAAUGGGCAUGCGUGCUCCAGGAGUUCCACCACAAGGAUAUAUGCCUGGUCGUGGAAUGGCUCCCCCUCAAAUGGGACAACAGCAACCCGGUCCAAAUCAACAGCAACAACAGCAAUGGCAACAACAAUAUCAUCGAUAAACAUUUCAUUUGUAACAUGUAUGUAUCUAUAGUACUCACAUCAAACUAAUAUUGCUCGUCAUGUGUAAUUUGAAGGCUUUGUAAAUUGUAUUUUUUUGAAAUACGUUCACAAUAAAAUUGAGAAAAUACGUGGCAGUUAUCAAAAUC